UGCUGAGGCUGCGCUCAUCGCUGCCUCCACUGCGCAGCCGCAGUUCUUCCAGGACGCGCAGAGCCCGCAGAGGGAGAGACAGCAACAACAAAAAAAUGGCCCUCGAUAAUCUCAUUUUCGGCCAGUGCGUCCUUUAUUUUUUAGCUUUCGUGUUCGGUUUCAUCGCCGUGGUGCCUCUGUCGGAAAACGCGGAGGACUUCGGGGGGAAAUGCCUGCUGUUCACGCGCGGCAUGUGGCAGAACGAGAACAUCACGGUGUCGAAGCAGCGCUUCAUCGUGGAGGAGUGGGGGACCGAGUCGUCCUGCAGCUUCAUCACUUUCGUCGGGAUCUCGUCCCUCGUUCUGUCCGCCGUGCAGGCGUGGAGGCUGCUGUUCUUUCUGUGCAAAGGACACGACGACUCCAUCUUCAACGCCUUCCUCAACCUGCUGAUCAGCUCCGUGGUGGUGUUCACGGUCUUCCUGUCCAGCACCAUCGUCAGUGUGGGUUUCAACAUGUGGUGUGACUCCGUCACAGAGGGCGGGACGAUGCCCAGCAGCUGCGAGGACCUGCAGGACACUGAUCUAGAACUCGGCCUGGACAACUCUGCUUUCUACGACCAGUUCGCCAUAGCUCAGUUUGGCCUUUGGGCCGCAUGGCUCACCUGGCUCGGGAUUUCAGUGAUGGCCUUCCUGAAGGUCUACCACAACUACAGACAAGAAGACCUGCUGGACAGCCUCAUCCACGAGAAGGACCUUCUACUCAGCCGCUCCUCACGACGUAACUCUGACCUCAAGACCGGCCCGAUCUAGAAACCCGAGAAGCACACAAACACAAACACGCACACCCACUCGUACAGUCCUCUCGCCUGCCAUGAAAAACACCGACGUUUGCCUCGGUAUCAAAUUGGCUUCUGCCCCUCGAUCGUGGAUAGAAACCAAAGGUUUUAGAUUUGUUCUCCAAAGACAAUUGAUUUUUCCUCAAAAACACGGUCCCAAUGGUUGGUAAUCCUUAAGGAAUCCUGAUUUAUUGAGUCCAUUCAUCCACUGUGCAAACCUCUCCAACUCACACAACCAUAGUUCAGCUCCUACAGUAUUAAAGCCUACUUAAGGGAAAUGUAUACCCAUGCUUAUGAAUUUCUACACAGUAUUAAUAGCGUGGAGCGAUUGGCUGAAGAAUUCUUUGUGUAACAUCUGCAUGGACAUAAUGCAUGACAAAUUAAUAGGGUGAGUUUUUUUUAUAUAUAAAGGGAUGUUAUUUGGUUUUAUACCCCAUUAAGUGUGUUCCCAAGGAAGGGUUUUUUCUAGUAAGCUGCGCAGCUCUUGGUGAAGGGAGACUUCUAGCAUGGUGGUUGCAGCGCGUUCACACUUCCAUCAGCAGUUACAAAGAGUGUUUUAUGAAAAUGACAAAUUGUAGUUAAGAACAUUCAUUUCUUUGGGGCAGAUGAUCCAAAAAAUGCUUUUAGCAGUGUACGUGAGAACAACAAAUCUUGUUUUGUGCCAAAUACAAACUCAGGCUUCUCUUUCACACUUCAUAAGCUACAAACCAAUAGACGGUAUUACUGUGAGUAGGAGCACAUACAGACCUGCAUGCACCUCUCCCGUUUACAUGCACAUCACACACUCACUUAUUGCCAGAGAUUACGGUGAAUGAAGCAUAUCAGCUCCUUGACUUUGAUAGGCAAUGACAGUUUUAUUCAAAACAACAGAAAUCAUAAAACGGUAGGAAGACCCUCCAUAAAGGCACUUCUUACAAAGUGACCAUAAAUGUUUGGACAGCAGUGAGAUGCAGCUUCUAAGCUAAAAGGGUGAAUGCAGGACACGAGUUCACUGCAUUGUUUUAUUGCUAAGGACAAUUUAGUUUGACAGUACCGAGAGGAGUGUGUUUCUUUCUUCCAUACAGGCGCUUUUAGCCUUAUAUUGCUUUGACAUUCAAACGCAAAAACCUCCAAUCCAACGAUUUCCUUUCGAUUUCCCCAAAACCUGUUAUAUAAAGAACAAUGUUUUACUCAAAACCAUGUCAUGUGUGUUAUUGCUUGUAAUGAGAGCUCUUUGAGAUGUGCCUCUCUGUGCCCAUUGAUGCCUAUAAUCCAUUUGUGUGUUUUUUCUUUGUUGCUUCAUUGAUAAAGGGACUCAUAAGAUAA